AUUAGAUAAGAUCAGACGAAACACUAUGGAGAAGAUUCAUGUGGUUUGCAUCCCAUACCCGCUUCAGAGUCACAUCAGUGCCAUGAUGAAGCUAGCAAAAAUCCUUCAUUUCAAAGGUUUUCAUAUAACCUUUGUAAACACAGAAUUCAAUCAUCAACGAUUACUAAAUGCAAGGGGGCCAGAUUCCGUCAAAGGCUUACCUGAUUUUCGUUUCGAAACAAUCCCUGACGGUCUCCCACCUCCAUCCGAUCCCAAUGCUAGCCAAGAUUUCUUAGCCAUUUCCAUCUCCAUCGAAAAGAACGGCUUAGAACCAUUCCGAAACCUUAUCCAUAGACUCAACGAUACAAAAUACUCAAAUGUCCCUCCUGUGAGCUGCAUAGUUGCUGAUUGUUUUAUGAGCUUCACUCUACAAGCAGCUAAGGAGUUCGGAAUCCCUGAAAUUUUAUUCUGUCCCAUUAGCUUCUGUGCUUUUGCAUGUUUUCUGCACUUUCGCGAUCUUAUCCAAAGAGGUCUUGUUCCACUUAAAGAUGAGAGCUGCUUUACAAACGGGUACAUGGAGAAUACACCAAUCGACUGGAUACCCGGUAUGAAAGAUGUCAGAUUUAGAGAUCUUCCGGGUUUUGUUCGAACUACCGAUCCGAAUGAUGCAGUUCUCCAUGCUUCGAUGAUAGAAAUGGGAAGAACGUAUGACGCUACAGCCUUGGUUUUCAAUACAUUUGACGCCCUGGAGAUGGAGGUUUUGGAUGCAUUCAAGUCUCAAAUGUCACUGCCACCUGUUUAUGCCGUUGGUCCUCUUCAGUUGCUCCUCAAUCAGAUUCCACAAAGGGAGUCAGUAUCUCUUGGAUCAAAUCUUUGGAAAGAAGAUACCAAGUGUUUAAAUUGGCUUGAUUCCAAAGAGCCGAACUCGGUGGUGUACGUGAAUUUUGGCAGUGUCACUGUUAUGACUACUCAACAACUCCUUGAGUUCGCAUGGGGACUAGCAAACUGUGAGCAUAACUUCUUAUGGAUUAUAAGACCUGAUCUUGUGGUUGGUGAGUCAGGAAUGCUGCCGCCUGAGUUCAUCGAAGAUAUCAAGGGAAGAGGACUGCUGACGAGCUGGUGCCCACAAGAAGCUGUCCUGAAUCACCCGUCGAUAGCCGGAUUCUUGACACAUUGUGGUUGGAACUCGACGUUAGAAAGCUUAUGCAGUGGAGUUCCUGUUAUAUGUUGGCCAUUUAUAGGAGACCAGCAAUCAAACUGCAGGUACUCAUGUCAUCAUUGGGGAGUCGGCAUGGAGAUCGAUGGUAAUGUGAAGCGAGAUGAAGUUGAGAGGGUGGUGCGAGAAUUAAUGGAAGGAGAGAAAGGUGAGAAGACGAGGAAAAGAGCCAUGGAGUGGAAGAAGAAAGCAGAAGAGGCCACUACACCUGGUGGUUCCUCUUACGUUAAUAUGGAGAAGAUGGUAAUCGAAAUGCUUGCUAGUAAAAUUGCAACCAACAAAGAUUGAAGAUCUAAAUAAGAUUUAUUACAAUCAUGCUCAUGUAUUUCUCAACAAUGGAUAAGAAUCAGACCGGAUUUGGUAAAGAGCUUAUUAAUGCCUUUGAACUACCUUUAAAACUCAAGAGCUUAUAUAGUUGAGAAUUAGUGCAAGAAAAAUUACAUAGUUUCAGGAAA